AUACGGAGUACAGUCAUAGUUUCUCUUUUCAUUUAUUCCCCCGCUGUGCGAGACAUCCACGCGCCGACACCACAGCGGUUCCUCUUAGCGUGCGCCGCCCGCCGGGAACUGCGGAUCGUGCGCCUGUGCCAUGACUGGGAGGAGGAGGGGGAUGAGCUCGUAUUCGCCUCCGCCCGCACCGUCGCCGUAUUCGGUUGAGGUCUCAGUGCUUUCCGCAGUUGCUCUCGUUUUCCUCUCUCUAGCUUUGCUCUCUGCUACGGCGGCUACUAGUACUCCCGCCGCCUUCGCAUUUCCGCUCACAGAAACGGAUCAGCUGCUAGAUGCGAAUGCGUCUGGAUUGAACUCCACCAGCGGUGAACCGCGGAACCCGCCCAAGGAGGACAGCUUUGCCGACAUGAUCGAUCGAGCUCUGGAAAAGGAAUUCAAUGAGACUGAUCAGAGUGAAGCUAAUGAUGCAGGCAGCUUCAACAAUACCGUCUCAGAGCAGCAGGCAGUGCUAGAGACUGUGGCUAGAGUUAAGUCCAAGAAAAAUGACACAAAAAAGGAGGAACAGUCCUUUCAACUUCACCAUGUUUUCAACCUUGAUAAUGACCAUGGAGCAGAAGAGACACCUACUUUGAUUGAUAGGAAGGACAAUGUUUUUAUCAUAUCUAAUUUCAAGUCAAAAUAUCCAGUGCUGCAAUUAGACUUAAGGCUGAUAUCAGAUCUGGUAGUCGUCAUUGUUGCUGCAACUUGUGGUGGAAUUGCUUUUGCUUGUGCUGGACAACCAGUUAUAACUGGAUACUUACUAGCAGGAUCUGUUGUUGGGCCUGGAGGCUUUAAUGUUGUUAGUGAGAUGGUGCAAGUAGAGACUGUUGCUCAGUUUGGUGUAAUUUUUCUUCUUUUUGCUUUGGGACUUGAGUUUUCCACUGCUAAGCUCCGAGUUGUUCGAGCAGUAGCUGUUCUUGGAGGCCUGCUUCAGAUUCUCUUGUUCAUGUGUCUUUGUGGAAUAACUGUUUCAGUAUAUUCUAAACUUCUUUGUGUUGUUUUUCACUCUCAAAAAAUUUUUGGUUCCACAUUUUUCUCUCCCUUAGGACUCACUCCCAUGAGUUUACAUGAUUCCACAGUCACAAGAUUUAUUUAUUUUAGUUAAACUAAUUUGUUACCAUGCGUGGUUGUAUCAAUUUUUUACUCAUAGGAUAUAGUUCCCCUCGAUUUACUUCCGAAUAUUGCUCCAACAUUGCUGCAUCUCCUAUAUGAUUCAGAACUUUAGCCUACAGCUUAGGCCUAUUCAAACCUUAUUAUCAGUUAUGACCAUUGUCUUGACUCUUUAUCCACUCCUAGCCUUGUCAACCUUGAUUCAUCUGGAUUAAUUCCUAGAAGGCCAUGUUAAGAACUUAAGGCCAGUGGUGAAGAAAAUGAUACACUCCCUAUGUCCCAUAAAAUUCUUUACACUUUCCUCGUUUGGAUGUAUCAUAAAAUUCUUUACACUUUAUUUCUUAUUCUGAUAACGAAUAUUUGGCUACCAACAAUUCUCUCUCUUCUUAACAAAUUCUAACAACAUUUUUUACUUUUCAACAACUUUCUUAAACUCUGUCAAGUCAAAGUGUCUCCAAUUUUAUGGGACGGAGGGAGUAUUAUUAUUGUGUUAGUACUUAGUAUGCCAUCUUUCUCCAAAAAUUGAGAGGCUCAAUUCCAAUCCAAUUUGAAACUCUUAUGAUUAUUUAUUUCUCAAUUAGCUAUUUGUAUUUUUAUAUCUGAAUACAUAGAAAACAUAGGGGAAAUCAAAUUUGCUUGCGCAUUUUAUUUGAAUAAUUCCCAGUAACUGAAAAAUUUAUGAUAAUUAGACAGGAUAAACAUGCAUUAUAACUGGAAAAUUUAUAAUCAUGCUUUAUAAUGAUUAGACAGGAUAAACAUGCAUUAUACGUGCAUAGAAAUAAAGGAGCUUCUGUUUG